AGCUCUCUACACUACCAUUUCUCUGAUCUAGAGCGACUACCCUUUUGCCCAGACCCGUAAGCUAGCUAGCUCUACAACAUGGGAGACGCGGAGGCCGAAGCAGGCUACUAUCCUCUUGGCAUAGGGAGGGAAAGAAAAGGUGGAUUCACUGCUUCUACAUUUGUUUUCGCAUUCACAGCGCUAGAGAAUAUGGGUUUCGUGGCCAACAUGGUGAGCAUGUUCUUGUAUUUUCUCCAAGUGAUGCUCUUUGAUCUGUCAACCGCCGCCAACACUCUCACAAACUUAAUGGGUUCAACUUUCUUGCUUUCCCUUAUUGGUGGCUUUAUAUCAGACACAUACUUGAGCAGACUUUAUACGUGUUUGGUUUUCGGAGUGCUUGAAAUACUGGCGUUGGUGCUGAUGACAAUUCAAGCUUAUUCACACGAUUUGCACCCAGAUCCUUGUGGCAAGUCAAAUUGUCUGGAAGGUGGUAUAGCGCUAGUGUUCUACUUAUCGUUGUGUAUGUUAGCCUUGGGUUCAGGUGGGGUCAGGGGAUCUCUUCCUGCACUCGGUGGUGAUCAGUUCGAUCAAAAGAAUCCAAAGGAAGCAAAGGAUCUGGCAAGCUUUUUCAAUUGGCUUUUGCUCAGUAUAACGAUUGGUGCUGCCGUUGGCGUCACAGUCAUUGUGUGGGUUAGUGUAAAUGUGAACUGGUACUGGGGUUUCUUCAUAUCAUCUGUGGCCGCCCUAGCUGGCUUUGUUAUUCUUGGCUUUGGUAAGCCCUUCUACCGUCUCAGAGCCCCUGGAGAGAGCCCUAUCAUAAGGAUCAUUCAGGUUAUUGUUGUGGCUAUUAAAAACCGGAAAUUACCGUUGCCAGAGAAACCUGAUCAUUUUUAUGAGAUCAGUGAUGAGGGAACAAUUUCAACUGAGGAACAAAUUGCACAUACCCAUCAGUUCAGGUUCCUAGACAAGGCGGCUAUUCUCCGUGAAGACUCAAAGCCUACACCAUGGACUGUUUGCACGGUCACACAGGUAGAGGAGGUCAAGAUUCUAACAAGAAUGUUGCCCAUUGUGGCCAGCACCAUAAUAAUGAAUACCUGUUUAGCACAGCUCCAAACAUUUUCGGUACAACAAGGGAAUAUGAUGGACCGCCAUCUUGGCUCUAUGGAGGUUCCCGCGCCGUCAAUUCCUGUAAUUCCCCUCGUUUUUAUGUCCAUUCUCAUCCCCAUCUAUGAGUUCUUUUUUGUUCCUUUAGCACGAAAGUUCACUCACCAUCCGUCGGGCAUCACUCAACUUCAGCGUGUCGGUGUUGGCUUGGUUCUCUCUGCCAUUUCAAUGGCUAUAGCUGGCAUCGUGGAAAUUAAGAGAAGGAACCAAGCCACCAAAUUAGGCCCAUCAACCAAGCCCUUAAGUCUCUUUUGGCUCUCCUUUCAAUAUGGGAUUUUUGGGAUUGCAGAUAUGUUCACUCUUGUAGGACUACUGGAAUUUUUCUACAAGGAAGCACCUGCAGGAAUGAGAUCACUCUCCACUUCAUUAACAUGGUUAUCGCUGUCAUUCGGCUACUUUUUGAGUAGUGUCUUUGUAGAUGUCAUAAAUGCCGUAACCAAGAGAAAAGGCAAAAAAGGAUGGUUGCAUGGGUAUAACUUAAACGAAAACAAUUUGGAUCUCUUUUACUGGUUCUUAGCAGUUCUUAGCUGCCUUAAUUUCUUAAACUACCUCUACUGGGCCUCAUGGUACAAAUACAAAGCAGAAGUUCCUGAUUCUAAGCCAAAACCGCGGGCUUUGUAUGGACCAAAUCUUGUUGAUCACGAUGAAAGCAGUACUCUCGAUAAUGAUCAAGCAAGGGCUAUCUGUGGUGCAACUCAUGCUAAAGAUGAAAUCCCUCAAGAGAAUGAAGCUAAGAAUAAUGAAGCCUGCUCCUCUGAUCUAAAAGAAGCUGGUAAUGAUUAA